CUGUGGCAGAAAAUGACUUUCUACCAAUUUAUCUUCCUCUAAAGUGAAAGAGGAACCAAUACCAGAAGUGUUUUUUAAAAGAAAUGGUACGUUUUUUAAUUGAGUUUGAGGAUAUUGGUGUCCAGGAAGGAAUCCCAGCCUUCCAUGGGAUCAGAGAAAAGCGUCAGAGUGAGAGGUCUGUGCUCCUCGUUGGUCUCUGCGGUGUAACCGGAUCAGAGCGGAGCAGAGAGGCCGGACCGUUGGGACCUCUAGGAGGCUUGUUUGCCUCCAAAUGAGCCAAUGAGACCGGCUUUACAGUAGACUGACAGUCCGCCUCAGCGAGCCCGGAGCCGCCAAUCCGGUCUGACAACCUGCUCCGUCAGCCAAUCCGGAUCCACGACGGCAUCGUGAGGGAAAAACUAAAAUACGAAUGUGACGGUUACAGGUCGGAACGUUACCUGUUACCUGCAGCCGUUGAGCCGUUUAUUUGAAAACACAGCCAUGGCUCUGUCGCAGUGUCUGGAGGAUUCUCCUCUGAGGUUCGGUUCGACACCAACCCGCGUCCAGAACCAGAACCAGGAGGUCUACAACGAGACACACCGGCUGGCGCUGGAGGAGCUGCUGUCCGGAGGGUUGGACCACUUCCUGGACUUCCUGCGGAGAGAGAGGAUCCACAACUUUCUGUCGGACGAGGAGACGCAGCGGAUCCGGAGCUCCGCGGUUCCUCCUCCACGGUGCGGGUCUCUCCUCCUCCUCCCGGACCAGGACCCGGGUCUGGGUCUGGAGCAGUCACUCAGCUGCUCACAGGACUGUUCUUCCCUCACAUACUUCCCCGAUGUGUCGGACGUGGAGCCGCCGGUGCUGGAGCUCGGCUGGCCGGGCUUCACCGCCGGGUCGUACCGGGGAGUCACCCGGGCCGUGGCUCACUUCCAGCCGGGCUACGGGGACAACAUCUACGGCUGCAAGGAGGCUGCGAGGCGGAUGAUCAAGAGUGCUAAAGAGGUGAUUGCCAUAGUGACAGACUCCCUGACAGACCUGGAUAUCUUUAAGGAUCUUCAGGAGGCAUGCUGCCACCGCAAAGUCCCCGUCUACAUCCUGCUGGACCAAUCAUGUGCUCCUGCUUUCCUCAAGAUGUGCAAAAAUGUCGGCGUUCGCCUAGAUGACCUUCGGCAAAUGAGAGUGCGAACCAUAACUGGUACGACUUAUUACAUGAGAUCAGGAGCGAGGAUUACUGGGGAAGUUCAUGAGCGGUUCAUGCUGAUUGAUGGAAACAGAGUGGCUACAGGUUCUUACAGGUACAACUGGACUGAUGGAAAACUAAACAGCAGCAACCUUAUCGAGCUUUCCGGUCAGAUAACAGAGAAAUUUGACGAGGAGUUCCGCAUCCUCUACGCCCAGUCUCUACCUCUUAACCCUCGAGGACCUCCAAGUGUCCGAAACAGCGGCAUCUACGAGCAUCUCAAACACUCAUUAACCUCCUCUCCUCACCUGGUCAGAGAGAGGCCGGUGGAGCUAUUGUGUCUGACCAGCACACCCAGCCGCAAGCUCCUCAACAUGGCGGUCCAGCCCCCGUGUGAACCCUUGACUCCAGUUCGUCCUAAAACUGACCCAGUGUCCGACUGCUCCACCGUAGGUGAGGACUGGACGGAGCAGCAGCACCAGCAGGAGGAGAUCCUGGGCGGUAGCACCACCCGGCGUUUCCCCGCAGAUCAGAAAGAGCCAGCGACCCCCAGCGGCGUCUCCUGCCACGCCGCCACUCAGACCAGCCAGUCAGUGACGGACAGCGCCACCCAGACUGACCUCCAGCUCACACACCACCCCGACCUUAUCACACCAGCGAGCGCAGCGACAAACCAGGCCACCUCUCCCAGGCCGAGCUCGCCCACCCAGGCAGCGCCGGAUGGCACCUUAAAGGACUGCUUCCACAAGCUGACCAAAGAGCGCCAGUACCACUACUUCGCCAUCCGCUCCAAGCUGGAGCACAUGGUGACCGCUCUGUCCCAGAGGCGAGAGCUAGUGGACGUCACCGACAUGAUUCAGGGGCCUGAAGCUCUCAGCAGGCAGAGGGUACACAAAGACUGUGAACAGGAACCAAACCCCAGACUGCUUGUUGAAAGUGCGGGCAUGGGCACGUGGCCAAGAGCCAGAUGUGUACACUAGUUUGUCUCCAGGGAUUUUGGAGAAGGAGGGUAAGGUUUCUUGAGGAUCCUCAGUUUCAAAUAAUGGUUUUGGCUUAUGCAGUAGAAUUCUAGUUUUCUUCAGUUUGUCUUCUUGUCUGCAGUGCCCACAUUUGUCGUUUUUUAUUGUUUAUCCUGUCUAUGUCAAAGCUGUUUUUCGUGUAAUGGUAACGCAGAUUUGUAAUCAACAGAAAUUCUGUAUUUUUUUAACCAAAGACUCGGUGCAAUAAUAAUCAUUGUUUGACCAUGUCAGUUUAAUGAAAAUCGUUUGCUGAUGCGGUUAAAACUGGAUAAUAUCUGCUGUAGUAAGAGUGAAAAUGCACUGAAGUGCUGUUUUGGUUAUUUAAUCACAUUUGGCUGCUGUAACUGCAUCUGAACAACAUUCAAGAGAGCAGCUGGCUCUCACUGCGCUUUGCUAAUAAACAAAGUAGUAUUUUG